CGGAAAUACACGAUUACCCUCGAAAGUCAGGAACCUCUACCUUCGGCCUUCGGGUUUUGUCUCCUUCCAAAUACCCGUGACAAGGAGAUCUCUACCAAACACGGUAAACAACGGCUGGUCCUGACGUGGGACUACCGUACUAAUUGCAAGUUGCCAUGAGCUAUUCUAAUCAACCGAAGGGGAAAGGCGUGUAUUUCCAACAACAACAAAGGAUCCGCUAUCCUCAGCAACCGAGGCCGGACGAAAUAGGGACUCGUCCACAACCGAGGUUCAUGCCACAACAGGCACCACGGCCCCAACACCCUGUACCGUCGCAGAGCCCACGUAUUCCAUCCCCUUCGGUCAGCCCAGUGGCUGUCAAUACACUCACCCAUGACAUGAACAAGCAAGGGGCUCCGAGCCGGCCUGCCAUGGCCGCGUCACCCCAGCAGCAGGGGAUUCUACCAAACCAGGCCAACCCUGGCGCACCCCCCAUGAUGAACAUGGGUCAAGUGCGCUUCCAGCAGGGGGCUCGGCAAGCACUGCCGCGAGGAUACCAGCAACAAAUACCACAGCCUGUGUAUUCGGUGCGUCACCAGAGCCAAGCUCAGAUGCAGGGCAUGCAGCAGCCAGGGAUGCAACAGCACCCUCCGGCCACCCAGCAAGGCGCCAACACAGCGCAGAUUAUGCAAACCAAUGCUGCCGCCGCUGUAGCGUCAGGACAGUACAUGCAGCAAGGCAAUCCACAGUAUAUUAUCGGAGUGCCAGCGCAUCCGAUGGCAGCAGCACACAGAUCGUUUCAACAACCAUAUCAACAACAGGUAUAUCAGCCGACCCAAGCUCAAUACUACAGCACAUCUCCACAACAACAAGUAUGGUUGAAUCCGACACAAACUGCUCCCAGGCAGCCGUUAACCACACAAGCUCCUACCCCCACCAGAGCAGAGCCUCGAGAGAGGACUAAGAAGAGCAUUAUACGCAUACAGGACCCCUCCACAAUGCAAGACGUGACAGACACGAUACUGCGUGAUACGUCCAGAUCUAGCUCUCCUCAUUCAGGUCGUUCAAGUGCAAAUGUCACUCCACCAGUGUCAACUUCAAGUGAGGAUGCAAAGAGGAUACAGGCCCAAUUUGCAUCUAAAGUUGCAAUGGUCGCUAGUGAUCUCCCAGAGUCUGAUCUAUCACAACCCCACAGAGUACCUCCACAGCCAGCACCUCAACAACCACAGACUCAGCAACAGCAGCCACCUCAACAACAGCCACCAGUACCACAACCUAUGCCACAACCUAUACCACAGCAACUAGCAAUGCAGCCACCAGGGCAACAGGUGCAAGUCAUGCCUGUUGGGCCUGGAGAGCAGCCUGUUCCUGUGGUAGCUGGCCAGGUUCCUGCCCCGGGUGCUGCACCGGUGGUGGCACAGCUUCCAAGUCGGCCAGCAGAGCCAACAGUGCCAGAAGGAGUACAGAACACGGUAGUGGCUGCGACACCUGUGGCAGAGGCUGUCCAGCCCCAGAGGCCUGUCCCGCAGACAGCGGCAGCAGUACCAGCACCUGUACCUAGCAAAGCUCCUGUGCAGAUGCAGCAGGUGCCGACUGAAGCAAUGCCUGUCGCAGCGGCUGUUCCACCCCCUCAGAAUCCCGCCCCAGUGCCAGCAGCUGCUGCUACUCCUCCAGCAGGUCCCCCAGCCAUUGUGCAAGCUGCUUCUGUCCAAGAAGCAGCAGCAGCACCAUCCAAACAUGAACUUGCCAGUGCAAACAUUGCAUCCGCUGCAGAGAAGGCAUCCCCACCAGAACAACCGGAUGCUCCUGCUGGUGCUGCAGUGCCCGCACCGGUACAACCGACGGCAGAAUCAAACCCUAAACAAGUGGAUGAUAGCUCCAAACAAACAAGUGCAAAUAAUCCAGCAGUGCAACAGGCAAUGCCAGCACCUGCAGUUCCUCAGCCAGAGAGCCAGGAGGCCACUGCUACCCCUCAAGAAAGUAAAGACAUUAAGAAGAAGAGUCAAAAGAAGAGGUUCCAAGAACUGGACAAGAAGACAACAAAAGGUUCAGAUGAAUUUGAUGCAUACAAGACGGACGAUGUCCAGGAACCCACCCCAAGCCAAGAGAAUCCUGGAAAAGAAGAAAAUGUCAAACUCGAACCAGAAGCUCAAGUCUCGAAGGAACCCGCAAAAGAAAUGGUGCAAGACGUUAGUUCAUCAAAGAAACCAAAAGAAACAACAACUCAGCCACAGGAGGACAAGCGGUCCACGGAAAAGACUGAUGAUGCACCUCAGAGCGAUGUGGCCAAGAGGAAAAGUGAGGUAGAGUCUGUGACGGUGAGCGAGAAGCAAACGGAGGUAGCAGUAGUGCCGGAUACCACCCCCGCCGCCCCAGCCAAGCAGGGCACGGAGGAGAAGUCGGAUCGCUUUGACGCAACGGAGGACAGGGAGAACGUGAAUGAGGCAGACAAUGUGGAGUCUGAGAACUCGAAAAACAAGGAAGGAAAGCCAAAUCCUAAGGACAAUAAGAUGCAAUUGAAGUAUGCCUACAGGGAAGACCAGUGGAGCCCAGUCAAUCCAGAGGGCAAGAAACAAUACGACCGUGACUUUCUCCUGCAGUUCCAGAAGGGAUGCACGGAUAAACCAGAUGGGCUUCCAAACAUUCCUGACAUUGUUCUGGACAGAGCCGUUGUUGUUCAGUCAAUGAGUCUGAACGUAAACCAAGGUGGAAACCAGAAGAACACAGACUUUAUGCCAUCCUUCAUGAAGUCACCGAGAGUACAGGGCAAGCAACCCAACUACCAAACCAAUCCGGGCAGGCGAUCAUCGCGAGAGCCCCUCAAGGUCAUCUCCAGAGCCAGAGAUACAAAUGAUUCCAAGCUAGCCACAUCAGACAAGGCUUGGAAAGCUGGCUACAAGCGGUCACCAGAAGAGACUAAGGAUGACGAAGAAGCCAAAACACAGGAGCUGUUCCGCAACUUCACAAGUAUUCUUAAUAAGCUGACUCCUCAGAUGUUUAACAAACUGACGGACAAAGCACUGCAACUUCCCAUUGACACUGAGGACAGGCUGACAGGAGUCAUUAAUCUAGUUUUUGAAAAGGCAAUUGGUGAGCCCAGCUUCAGCACAGCCUAUGCCCACAUGUGCCAGAAAUUAGGUCAACUCAAGGUGCAAUCGGUAACCACCCCGGGCACGAUGGUGCAGUUCCGUCCGAUCCUUCUCCACAGCUGCCAGCAGGAGUUUGAGAAGGAGAAACAGUCGGAGAUUGAGGAGGCCACGAGGAGAAAAGAAAUCUCUCAGCUCCCUGCCAAUGAGAGAGAACUCCAGUUGGAACUCCUUCAAGAGAAGCUCUCCAAGGCCAAGAGGAGAACGAUGGGUAACAUUCGGUUCAUCGGUGAGCUCUACAAGCUCAACAUCCUGACAGAGAACAUAAUGCACAGCUGUGUCAUGAAGCUACUCAAGGCUAGAGACGAUGACUCCCUGGAAUGUCUCUGUAAUCUCAUGGCAACCAUCGGCAAGAAUGUGGACCAUGAAAAGGCCAAGAAUCGGAUUGACCAGUACUUCAGCAAGAUUGACAAGAUUAUUGCUUCUCAGACCAACCAGCCUAGGAUACGAUUUCUAAUGUGUGAUCUUGUGGAUCUCAGGAGGAACAACUGGGUCCCCAGGAGACAGGAGAGCAAACCAACGACUAUCGAUGCCAUCCACAGAGAAUGGCAUGUCGACGAGGCCAAGAAAGCGCAAGAGUCUAAGAACUACAACGGUCCUAACAGGAGUAGGGAGCAGGCUCCACCUCCACGUACAGUCACACCUCAGGCUGAUGAUGGCUGGAAUACAGUAGGAACGACCACCAAGACGAGAACAGCCUACGAUCCUAACAAGCUCAAACUUACGAGGAUGACUACAGCUGAUGACAACAUUCAGUUGGGUCCAGGUGGGCGUGGCUUCAGCUCGUGGGGAAGAGGUAGCAUUGGUACCAGCACCAAGAACAAGUCAUCGUCAGACUCGGCUUCAUCGUCGCAAGAAGACUCCGCACCGACCCAAGCCAAUAGGUUCUCUAUGUUGAGUGAAGAUGCCAAGAGGCCAGUCAGUCGAGACAGUAGAGGAAGUGGUGGUUUUGGUUCCCGAGACUCGAGAGACGGUAAGAGGCCAUCGAGAGAGAGGGACAGAGAGAGGGAGAAGGAAGCAGCCAUUGCAGAGGUUCAAAGAAUCAGCAGGCCUGCAAGAACAGAGCAGCCAAGAGGAUCCAAAGAGAUUGCUCCCAGACCGGAGAAGAAGAAAGAACCCACCAUGACCGAUGACAAGGUCAAGCAAACCUCAAAGGCUACCGUAGACGAGUUCCUCAACCUCAGAGAUUUUACUGAAGCCACAAGGUGUGUGUCCGAGUUGCCAAGCAAACAGAGACAUCUCUUUGUGCAAGCUACAGUAGACCAUGUCAUAGAGAAGAAGCAAGACAUGAGGGAAGCCGUCGGUGUUCUCUUCCACUCACUAUUAAACAGUAACAUCCUUACAAAAGAGCAAUAUUUAACAGGAAUCAAGGAUGUGAUAGAGUUUGCAGAUGACAUGGCAAUAGACAUCCCCAAGAUCUAUGAGUACCUUGGUGAACUGAUGGGUGCUAUGGUGUUAGGGGCUGAGUACCUACAGCUUCAAGCCACUGCAGUCAAGCCUCUACGAGAGCAGGAGAAGGAUGGAGUGCUUCUAGCAGAGGUCCUCAAGACUGCUUCAAGGAAAAUUGGUGCUAGUAAGGUGUGUCAUAUAUGGCAACAAGCCAGUCUGAAGUGGGAAGACUUCCUAUCUGAAGGUGAAAAUGUUCAGGAAUUUGUGCAAAAGAAGGGUGUAGACUUCACAUUAGAAGGUGCAAGUGCCACUGAUAAUGGCCUUAACAGUGUAAGCCCACAGGGUGACUGGCUACAAGUCUUCAACACAGGGCUCACUAAUCUACUUAGCGGUAAAGAGAGACCAGACAACAACAAGAUCUUUGACUGGAUCGAGCAUAAUGUGACAGACACACAGAAGCAGAACUCUGAAUUCAUUCGUGCCUUAGUUACUAUAAUCUGCAAGAACGCAGCAGAAGGUGAAGAGCAGAACUGCCGAGUCGACCCUGCAAUCCUGAAGCAACGUGGUCCGGUAUUACAACGCUACAUCGAUAACAAGCGCCCUCUAGAGCUUCAAGCACUAUAUGCUGUCCAGGCCCUCAAUCAUUCACUACAAAGCCCUCAAGGCCUACUAAGAAUCCUGUUUGAUGUCCUCUAUGAUGAAGAUGUAGCAUCGGAAGAGUCGUUCUACGAUUGGAAGAAAAGCGAGGAUCCAAAGGAGAGUGCUGGCAAGGGCGUGGCGCUCAAGUCCGUCACAAGUUUCUUCACAUGGUUAGCUGAAGCGGAUUAAUGCUGAUGCAUGCCCCGCGUGUAGACGUGUCUGCCAAGCAGCUCUUCUUCUUCACGGAAAACAAAUUAUGUGCUUCAAGAGAUAGAUAAUGAACUAUCAAAACUAUCGACGUUUUCUCCCAAUUCAGAAAAAAAAAUUGAUGAAAAGAUGAAGAGUCCGAGAUGAUCUUUGUCUUUGCGAUAUAACUAUGAUAUAUAUGAUAUAUAGGUAUGAGAUUUAUUAUGACGAGAAUGCAAAGAAUUUAUUGUUUUCAUGAUUUGGAACCCACGAUGGACUUUUCUAUUCAUCCACCUUACCUUACCUUAGCUGUACAUGCCAUAGGUAGUGGUAUGUUGAUAUUCAUGAGCCUGUGUGAAUGUCGACUGUCUCUGCUAUCAGAUGGUUCUAAUCUGCAACUCCUUGACGGUGCCGAAUCGUCAACGCACUUCAAGGGAAUCAGAUGAAAGUAGAUGAGCUCACCUAGGAGCAAGUUUCAUGGAUAGUUGCCUCAUUCAUUAUCCCUUUAUGGUAUACAUCGUGAUCAUGCUGAUGAAAAGCCGCAACAUGGCUGCUUUUCAUGAAUUACGAAUAACAAUUUUCGUUGAACCCGUUUCAUUUUCUUUUAUUUCUGCUUGAAAUCGUAAAGAAGUAACCGAUGAAAUUAUCUGGAAUGAAUUCAACUCAUCCCUGCCUUUCAAAUUAUUGCCUUUUUUUCCCCCUUCAGUUUUGUCCUUUUUAUAUAAUUUCAAAACGAAUGUGCUUCCAUUUUAGAUUUGUGAUCUCUGAAACCAAGAGUCAGUCAUACAUUGAAGGCUAAGUUAGUGUAGUACUUUUUUUUUUCUUUGUCUCAUUCCUCAUACUUCAAUGUAACUUUCACAUGUUCCUUAUGAUGUGUGUGUUGGGAUUUGCCAAACUCGAGAAGAAUGGAGGAUUCUUUUGAUUUUUUGUUUUUGUUUUUCAUUUCUUCUUUCACUAUUGUGUACCUAAGAGUUGGUCUCUUGUUAUAAGCAUGGGGAAAAAGCACGUUAUAUAUUUACUCACCUUUUUCUACUUGACUAUUUUUCACAAACUGAAAGUCCAUGGAUGUUAUAUCGUGAUUAAUAGUUAGAUAAUUAUGUCCUGUAUUAACCUGUUCAUCUUCAAAAGAAAGAAUAAGGUAGAGAUAAGACAUUUUUGAGAAUUCUGUAUUGCAAUUCACUUCACUAAUUUAUGAUCAAGUAUUUUGUAUGUAAAUAUUAUUAUUGUAUGAAGAUGUUUAUGAUGUCACACUGGAUAUGAAGCUUCUAUCGCUAUGCAUAAGCCAUUUAUUGUGGAUACCGUAAGUUGUCCAAUUCUCAAAUUUUGAAGGUAAAAAAAAAAAGAACGUAAAGGGUCCUAGCCUCCUCGGGUGGUAAAUAUGGACUUGAGACUAACUUUAGACGACGUAAGUGAAUUAUUUUGGGGUAGGGAAUAUGAGAUGUUGGUAGACUAAUUUUGAAGACGGGCAAGACUGCUCAGUUUAUCCAGAUUUAAUUCCUCUGUUAGUUCCAUUUUCCAUCACAUUUUCAUAUAAUUAUAGAAUAAGAGUGAAACAGCAUUUCAAUUAAGCGUUUAACAAAAUUUGCCACAGCACACAAAGAAACUGUCAGAUUUGGGCACCUUCAGAAAUGCUAUCAUUGGUGAAUGAAACGUUAACGAUGUCAUGAAUUCACUGUACUUGGAUCUAGAUGUGGUACAACUUUGCCUGUGUGAAGUUUGCGCUUGUUUCUUACUGGGCAAUCUACUUACCCACACUCGCCCAUCCCUGUACAUGCAUGUGAACUCAUAUAACAAGGAGUGGAGUGGGAAGUAAGCUGGGAGAUGAUUUUUGGAUAGCGUUCACUCAAAAAAAAAAUUGACACUUUACAAAAUCAACUGAUGAAUAGUUGAUCUAUCUAAUUCAGAGCUCACGUCUCUACAAAUAUUUUUGAAUAGAAUGGAUUUGGAAUGAGGACUUUGUUCUCGAUAUAUUAUGUCAUUGAUUAUCCACGUUUAUGAGCCACAUGUGUGGUGACUAUUAUUUAAUUUUAUUUUUUGUUUCUUUUGAUGAAAAGCAGUAAAGGUUUAAAACAACUAAGUUUAUGGGAGAAAAAGAGAGCUCCAGGUAAGGAAAAAAAAUGAAAAAUGGUAAAAGUUUACAAAUUUUAUACAAUAUUGAAGUGAGAAGUUUAUUUGAAGAUGUAUUGGUCUAUAUUAAACUAUGUAUUGAAAUAAUGAUUAAAGACUGAGAAAAGAAAAAGAAGAAAAUUAUGAAGAUGAUGAAAAGAGAAAAAUGGGCAAAAAAUUGGAGCAAGAUUGAAUAAGACUUCAAAAUGCUCAUUUACUAAAGUCUACAAAUUCAAUUUGACAUUUUAAAAUAUAUAUUAGAAGAAUGACUAUGGAGUUACAUACAUUUAUGUGCCUGUGUACAUAGUUUAACGUGUGAAGCGCCACAAGUUACUGUGACGAUUAAGAAUACAAAGAUCUCAAAGAAAAGUGACACAAUUUUGGAUAUACUACGUGUAAGAAUCAUUGUUCAUGCCAUUUGAUUACGCGAGUGACUUGAAUUUUCAUCUGAAUAUUCCUUGAUAAUUUGAAGAGAGACACUGAUAAAAUAACAAUUGGGAGAAACGAAAA